AAAACAGAAACCAGAAAAUACAUGUAAAUACUCGUGAUAAUUGAAUUGCGAACGAGUCAUCGUCAAAAUUUUUAUUCACACGUCAUCUUUGUUAUUUGAUUAAAAUAAAUGCACUAUUGUAGUAGAAAAAAUAAUUGAAAGAAUUGACUUCAGGAGUUGGUAAUUUUUUCCAGUCCCAAUAGUGGAAAGUCUCCGAAGAAUUACAUAUAUAUUGGAUUUAUUUUCCAUAGCAGAGUUCAAAAACCCUCGUACAAUUGAAAUAAUUAAAGCUGCUAUGUCGACAGGAUUGAAGGUACUCUUAGAUGCUGCUCAGUAUAUCGAGCAUCAAGAGAAACUGAAGAGGUCUCCAACUACUGACUCAAAUGGAUCUGUCGAGGACUCUUAUAUUAGUCAAUGCUCUACGGGAUUUGAUAUAGCAAAUGGUGUUCGCAAUAACAACAACAACGUUAUGAACGCAAAAAAUACGCGAUCCAUUGCGGAUUUAGUUCAAGUUUCCACUUCUGCACCAGCUGCAAGUACAACGUUUCACCAUAUUACAAACGGGGUGAUCAUAACAAACAAUAACAGUUCUCUAACUGGAAGUCAACUGCUGGUUGAAAUGAAACCUAGUCAACGUAAGCAAAACAAUAACAGAAACAUGAGUGAAUACGAUGGAACAAUCGACUCUUUAAAAACCAGCCCAAAAAUAAUAAAUUCCUCAAAACUGUUAUCAAUACAAACGAAUACUACAACUGAUAAUGCUGUCAAUGAAACUUGUAUAUCCGAGGAUGCAUUUUCCUCAAAUUCAAAAUCGUCCCCAACACUGAAUGGGCUGGCUGCUUUAUUCUCAAUACAACCUAAUGUUCGAUGUUCUAAUGAACAAGAAGAACAUCUACGGCUACCGGCAACAGAAGAGGAACUUUCCAAGGGGAACAAUGGGCACUACAAAAAAUCAAAAGCUUAUAGACUUGUAGAUAGUGACAGUUGCGAUAUUGUUGUUGUGACCGCUGCUGCUAACAAACAAAUGUUGCUGAAUGAUGGUCUGCGUGUUGCAUCGCCGGCGGCUAAUACAUAUUCUAUACCGUCCAAGGCGAUUAGCAUACCUAAACAAGUCCAUCAGCAUCACUCGGUAGCCUCCAAAUUUUCGCUGAUCAACAGCACCUCAGCCCCACAGUCAAUACUUUAUAAAUCUUCCGAACCUCUUACCCCACCGCCCAUUGCGUGUAGAAAAGUUGAUGAGACGCAUUCACGGAUACGCAGUUUCUCACUUUCCCAUAAAAUUCCAGCCAAUCAACCACCUUUAAAGAAUGGAGAGCUUGGGAAAAUGAUCCUUGAAGAUGGGACCGCAUUACAGUGCAUUGAAGGCGAUGAAUCGUUGACACGACACAACUCGACUGGUAGUCACUAUUUGCAGAUGAUGUCAGCACAACAUUCGGCAACUAGUACUCCACUAAUGCACUUGACCCCAACGAUUAGUGCCAGCGGUCGAAGGCGAACUAUAAGUUCCAAUAGCAACGGGGCUGGUACCCGUGAAGUGCACAAUAAGUUGGAAAAAAAUCGGCGUGCGCAUCUCAAAGAAUGCUAUGAGCAAUUAAAAAAUCAACUUCCAUUAAAGGAGGACGAACGUAAAAAGACAUCAAAUUUGGCUAUACUUGGUGAAGCAAUUAAAUAUGUAAAAACUCUUAAAAAGAAAGAUCAGGAACUUGAAGCCGAAGUAGAACAGUUAGCAAAAAUGAAAAUAAAUUCGCAGCUUAAGCUUGUAUCACUAAAACGGGAACUGGGUCCAAAGUAUGAGCAAAUGUUUCCGGGUCCCUUUUUGGAUUUCGAUAUAAACAAUUUUGAAAAAGAUAAUUCAAAUGAAACCGCGUCUCUUUCAUCUGGACGUGGAAGCAUCCUUUAUAGUUCAUCAAGUUCGUUAUCGAGCGGCGGUAGUAAUGGAAGUACGACGAUGUCCUCACCAGUCGGCGCUAGUAUGCCCCAGCCCUCUGCUUUGUCACCUGUGAUAUCUAAGGCUUGUAUAAAUAACAAUAUUUCGAGCAGUGUGAACGGGAAUAAUAGCUCUUCCAAUAUUAAUGUGACUGCAAAGUCUCCCGCCAUGUUUGAACACAAACAGCAGAUUAAGUCAUCCGCUUCAAUUUCUGAUUAUACUAGUCCGACGGGUAUGUCACCUACAAAUACAAAUGUAGCUUUGGCAAAUAGAAGUAUUACCAAUGUAAGCAGUGCGGCGCUAUCAUUGACAGCUAAAAACAUUUCGGCCAUGUCACUCACACGUGAUUCACCAACACCAUCAACUCCAUCUCCAUCACCGUCAUCUUCAAGUUGUAUUUCAUCUUCAUCAUCUUUGAUAUCAUCGUCUCCGCCACGCCCACUAAAUGGUAUAAUUAGCGGACGGAGUGUGACGGUCAGUAUUCCAAAUAAUGUAAAAUUCGCAAGCUCUGGGCUCGGUACGAGUCGAGUAAUAACUCCGGUUACAGGAUCAGCCAUUGUUAAUGCAACAUCAUCGACAACAGCAACAAUUUUAUCCGCUUCUUCGCCUAGUAAUGGUGUAAAUUCUACAAAUAAUGCAAUAAUGCUCCAAGCAUUACGGGGAUGCCAUUUAGUGUGAACCAUGUUCGUGAAUAAUCCCUAUGAGCGUAAUCUCGGCCGCAUUCUCAAUCACAGAUAUUAUAUUCGGCAUUCAAGCAUAUAUCAACAGAUGAUAGAAAAUCAAAGAAAUUCAGAAUGCAAAAUUUAAAAAUAAAAACAUGAUAUUCCAAUGAAGGAACUAGAAUGAAAAAAUUAAAUGCUAUGAGACAAGGAUGACAGGAAAAAAUAAAAAUAUACACCAUAAGAAAUAUACAAUUCA